AUGGCGGCGGCCAUGGCGUGGCUGCGGCGCGGCGCCUGCGGCCCGGCGCGGCGGUGCGGGCUGGCGGCCGGCCGGAGCUACAGCGGCGGCGGCGCGUACCCCGGCGUGUCGCUGAGCUGCCCGCUGCCCGGCGUGCCCAAGGCCGUGUUCGCGGCGGCCGAGGGCCGGGAGCGCUUCGAGACGCGGGUGACGCUGCUGGAGAACGGGCUGCGGGUGGCUUCGCAGAAGAAGUUCGGGCAGUUCUGUACCGUGGGCCUGCUUGUAAAUUCGGGAUCAAGACAUGAAGCAAAAUACCUCAGUGGCAUCUCUCACUUCCUGGAAAAACUGGCCUUCUCUUCCACAGCUCAGUUUGGCAGCAAAGAUGAAAUUCUCCUGACCUUAGAGAAGCACGGGGGCAUCUGUGACUGCCAAGCAUCAAGGGACACCAUAAUGUAUGCUGUUUCUGCUGAUGCCAAAGGCCUGGACACGGUGGUCAACUUGCUGGCUGAUGUAGCACUACAGCCCCGGUUAUCAGAUGAAGAAAUUGAGAUGACUCGGAUGGCUAUUCGCUUUGAGCUCGAAGACCUGAACAUGAGACCUGAUCCUGAGCCUCUCCUCACAGAGAUGAUCCACGCGGCAGCCUACAGAGACAACACAGUUGGACUGAACAGGUUCUGCCCAGUGGAGAACACUGACAAAAUCGAUCGGCACGUGCUGCAUUCGUACCUGCGCAACUACUACACCCCAGACAGGAUGGUGCUGGCCGGGGUGGGCAUCGAGCACGAGCAGCUGGUGGAGUGUGCAAAGAGACAUCUGCUUGGAGUGGAGCCAGUGUGGGGCACUGGGCAGAGCAAGGAGGUGGACAGAUCUGUGGCUCAGUACACAGGAGGCAUCAUCAAGGUUGAAAAAGAUAUGUCAGAUGUGAGCCUGGGUCCCACCCCCAUCCCAGAGCUCACCCAUAUCAUGAUUGGGUUAGAAAGCUGCUCAUUUUUGGAGGAAGAUUUCAUUCCCUUUGCAGUGUUAAACAUGAUGAUGGGAGGUGGUGGCUCUUUUUCAGCUGGAGGGCCUGGCAAGGGCAUGUUCACCCGCCUGUAUCUCAAUGUGCUCAACAGGCACCACUGGAUGUAUAAUGCCACCUCUUACCACCACAGUUACGAGGAUACAGGUCUCCUGUGCAUACACGCCAGCGCGGAUCCAAAACAGGUUCGAGAGAUGGUGGAAAUCAUCACCAAAGAAUUCAUUCUAAUGGCAGGAGCAGUAGGAGAGGUAGAACUCGAGCGAGCGAAGACACAGCUGAAGUCCAUGCUCAUGAUGAACCUUGAGUCUCGACCAGUUAUCUUUGAAGAUGUGGGAAGGCAAGUGUUGGCAACAAACACAAGGAAGCUGCCCCAUGAGCUCUGUGAGCUGAUUGGUCAGGUGAAAUCUACUGAUAUCAAGAGAGUGGUCACUAAGAUGCUGCAUAAGAAACCUGCUGUGGCUGCACUGGGUGACCUGACAGAUCUGCCCAGCUACGAGCACAUCCAGUCAGCGCUUUCCAGCAAGGACGGGCGGCUGCCGCGCACCUACCGGCUCUUCCGGUAAAGCAGCAGCUCCUGCUUCACACCCGAGGGACUUGCUGCUUUAUUUAAUACCUUUCUGAGAUGAUCAUGUUACUGCAAGUUCUUUUCCACCCCCUCAUCAUCUUUCCAGGCAUACUGGGCAAACAAGGAGCUACGCUCCAGUGAACAAAGUUGCUUCUGAACACUGAAGAGCUCUCACGCUGGGCUUAAAGGCCCACCCUGGCUCUGAAUGAGUGCUUUCACCCUCUGAGCAGGUUCCAAGAGAAGAUGGGCGCAUACAGUCUUCUCCUGGCACUGGGGAGAGCCCAGCAAGCCAAGAUAUUUAUCACCAUCAUUACAACUGAAAGCAUGUCUCUGAGAACUCACUGCUGUGUGUUACCACUUGAUUGUGUUGGCCAUAGAGAUGGGGCUGUCACCCUGGAGGCCCUGAGAUGUGCCCCGUUGAGAAACAUGGUGUCCUCUUAAAGAGCUCAGCCUACACAGCUGAAUUCAAAGAAUAUUUACAGCUGCUACCAAGGUGAACAAAGACUUGGUCAAACUGAACUGGGAAGAUCCUAAUUUGAUAACAAGGUGUCCUGCACUCCAGGUUGUGUUACAAGCAUCAUGGAUCCAUUUCAUCAGUGUAAUUUAACAUCUUUAGUACUACUACAAGGCACAUGUCUGAAAGUAACUCGAUGGUUAAGAGGAAAGCAGACCUAUGGCAUAGCAAAGUUCCUGUGGAGUUCAUCUUACAGUGAUAUGACACAUAAUACAACAUGGACACUUACUCUAGAAUGAAACUGAUCCUAUUCUUCAGGUUUUAAACUGGCAAGUGAGCUGUGCUUAAGAAGGAAAGUUCUACUCCAGAGUUGUUAUCCAAACAGGAAUUUACUGAAGGAGUUGCUGCUGCUUCACCUUAGACUUGUACCUACUUUCUUCAGUGUCACGCAGAUGAACUUAAGGCCUUGCAAAAAGAUGUUGUCAGUCUUGCAGCAGAGAUGUUGCUCAGUUAAAGGUCAAGAUCAGCUCAGUGACAACACUCAGAAAGCUUAUGAUCCUGAAUGUGCCUGACACCAUGUUACAGAAGCUGUGCUACACAUUUGAUACACUGAAGAAACGGAGACCCAAGAGAGAGAGAUAAAACAUUUGAUUUACAUAAUCCUCUAACACAUGGGCUUAAAAACACAGACAGCUGCACUGCAGCACUGGCUUGAUGUGCUUUGUAAGGAGCAACCAACCUGGGAGCAGAACACUCUGAGGCAGCUGUUACCUGCUUUACCCCUGAACCUUCUGCAACUAGAAGAAAAUACAUCGCAUUGCUUCUUGUGGAACCCACAGUAUGGAAAUCAUGCUCAGUUGUUGUGUAUGUUUGUAAGAAAAUAAAAGGGACUUCUAAAUAA